UUUGUAACUGUUGUCAUGAUUUAUUUUUAAGACUUGAGUAAAUCAGAUGUUCAAAGCAAACAAAUGAAGAUCAAUAAUUUCUUUCUAUCUAAAACCUACUAGUACAAGAGAUAACAUCCAUUGCUAACUUCAUCACCUAGUGAUGUGGACAAAUUUACAACUGCUUGUUCUCUUGAAUUACAUGAUAUGGAGGAAUACUGAUCAGCGAACAGACUGCAUUUGCUCAUAAAGCUUCAUGUUGGUUUAUGUAACAAGUCAUGGUUCACAUGUCAGUGAUAUUUCAGAGCAAGUAGGUUAGUGGCAUGCAAUUGUGUCAUUGCAUAGUCUUCGUACAGGAGGUGGAGCAUACUUAAUAAAUUAUGGUUCUUAUUAAAAGAGUUUGAGAUGAUUUAUUGUUAUUCCAGUAUAAUAUAAAUAAUUAUUAAAUCCUUAAUCAAUAAUCAUUCUAAUUUGACACAACUCUUCAGUGCCAAAUUGCUAAGUUCUGUAGAGGGAUGGUCUUUGUAGUAUAUGGAUUGAGCUCUAUGCAGGCGCGGUACUUUGUAAAAAGGAUAACUUGGUGCACAAAGCUCCCGUCAAUGUGGGGUGAUGGGGAAGGAUUGAUUGUACCCAGCCUUACCUAGCUUUGCAAGAGGCUAUUUCCGUGAUUUGAACCCGUGACCUCCAGGUCACACGGCAACAACUUUACCGUUGCAAGGGAUAAUCUUUCUGUGGAGGGUGAAAAUCUCUUACAUUAUAGAUGAAUAUGAAAUAUGAUACACAGUGUUUCAAGUGUAUGCUGAUUCAAUUCAUUACAUGUCUUCCUUAAGAUGGGAACAGUUGAAGGAUAUGCUUCUCAUCAGAACAGAAGUGAUACUUCUUUUACCUGGACAACUGUAGUGGAGAAAAAACCAAAAUCAUCUUUUGAAGUAGACACUUCCCAAGCCAUACUUUCUGAAGAAAUGGAAAAGGGUGCUGAGUCUAAACCAAAGGAUUCUGAUUCUGUUUUGGAUGGGGAAGAGUUUAUCUUCAAGGAGUUUAUUUGUGGAGAAGAAGCUUUAAAAAUAUCUCCUGUCGAGCCAUAUUGUUUGAGUCAUCCUAUAAGGCGUGGGCAUCUGAAUAUUUCACAUCAUUAUCCUCUACAACAGGUCGUGCAAGAUUUACAUGAUAUAUGGGAUUGGAUAUUAACUGAAAAGCUCCAUCUUCCUCCUCGAGAUAGAAACUUAUAUGCUGCCAUUCUUGUUUUGCCAGAAUCAUUUGACAACCGUGAAAUCAAAGAGAUGUUGUCUAUUGUUUUGGGUGAACUGAAUUUUAGCAUGGCGGUCGUACAUCAGGAAGGUCUUGCUGCUGCCUUUGGGAAUGGAUUAUCAACGGCAUGUAUUGUUAACAUUGGUGCCCAAGUGACAUCAGUAAUCUGUAUUGAGGAUGGUGUAGCUUUGCCAACUACAGUCAUGACUUUGCCUUAUGGCGGAGAGGACAUCUCAAGGUGCCUCUUAUGGGUACAACAUUACUAUCAGACUUGGCCACCUAUUCAAACCAAUCCGUUGACAAAGCCAAUUGACAUGUUAAUGCUUAACAAAAUCAAGGAGUCUUACUGUCAGAUUAGAGAAGGAGAGUUUGAUGCUGUGGCCAUAGUUCAUUCCUUCGAUGAAACUAGACCUGUUGGUUCACACAAGACACGACUAUCGGCCCUCAAUGUUCCUCCUAUGGGUCUUUUCUAUCCCACACUUCUUGUUACAGAAGAGUAUCCGCAACCUCCUCGCCCAUGGUUCAAUGACUAUGAGGACAUGCUGGAAGAUACAUGGCAUAUGGAGUUAUCUAGGAGACCUGACAUGGCUGAUAAUCUGUAUCUGGGUGCUAAUAAUGGUCUGAACAUGUGGGAUAGUUACCCUGUAAUUCCAUCCAGACCUAAAAAGGAUGAUAAUCUUGGACUCGCUGAAGCAAUUACUAGCAGUAUACUUUCAACUGGGCGGCUUGACCUCAAAAGAAAGCUGUUUUGUAGCAUACAACUGAUAGGAGGGGUAUCUUUGACAUCGGGCCUUGUUGUAGCUGUUGAAGAGAGGGUGUUGCAAGCCAUUCCGUCAAAUGAAGCAAUUGAUACUGUAGAGGUACUCCAAUCCAGAACAAACCCUAUAUUUGUAUCAUGGAAAGGCGGUGCGAUUCUUGGUAUCCUGGACGUUACUCGUGAUGCUUGGAUACAUAGAGAGGAUUGGAUAAAAAAUGGAGUUCACCCAGGGAGUGGAAGGAAAUACAAGGACUCCUUUUAUCUUCAGGCACAAGCGAUGUGCUAUCUCAAUUCAUAACAGCAGUUACAGUACACGGUUAAGCUGCUGUUUACUAAUAUGAAAUCAUAAAUCAUCAACGAAGAAUGUCAAGGAUCCCUUGCAUGUAUCUGAGAAGUUUGCUGGUGAGAAUGGACUUUGUAUGGGAAGAGUGAUAUCAUGAAAGUGAGUUUGGUCUCAUGAAUCAACUUUCUCCAAACAUGUAAAUUUUGAUAAUCGUUAGAUACAUUCACAGAAUCCUUUGUACGGGAUGAGUCUGAUAUCUUAUCUGCUUUUAGGAUUUGACAGCUUAUUUAUUUAUUACUGAUUCCUUUUGUUGGAUCAAUUAAGCAAAUUUCAGAAA